UCUAAAAGUGUCACUGUUUAGCCGGAGCGCCUCCAACUCGCAGGCGUCCUGUCCUCUGAUGCAAUCAGGAGACUACAUACUCUAACCAAAGGAACCGAGGAACUAUAUUUCCCCCCCAGAGGAGUCUACGGGAGCGAGUGAGCGGAGGAAGAAGUGCGAGGUUAUUUAGGUAAACCAGAAGUGUUUCCUGACUUUGAUGCGACCCGAGUGUGCCUGGAGCAUGUCCACAGUGGGUCUGACUGCCCAGGAGAUCUCUUUUCCCAUAGAAAACCCCUUCCUGAGGGGCAGCUACUGUCACAGCAUGGCUGGAUCCAAACCCUCCUGGAACUAUCGCCAUGAGCUGGACAAUUUCUACUUCACUAUGGACACUGCACAGACAGAUCACAGCUCUCGUGCCCAACAUAAGGGGCCACCUCCGCCAUCUCUAAGUUAUGAAAAACACAAACACAGUCCCAGCUCGCAGAGAUUACCUCCAAAGAAAUCCCGACCCCCACAUCUCUCCCUGUCCUGCAGCGCUGAACCGUCCACCCCAAGUCCUGCUGAUGACGACCAGGUGGUCCCUUCAUUCCAGAGGCUCUCGGUGUACGAGUGCAGCAGUCCACCACAGACGCCAGGCAGAUGCUCCAAGCCUCUGCCCCCCAUCCCUCCACACACAGACAUCUCCCCUGAGCAGGCUAUGGACAGCGAGGUAGAAUUUUUCACAAGUUCGGACGACAGCCGCUGCCUGGUGUCUGAACAGUGUCACAAAUCAUCUCCUUUUCGAUACGGAGUCCCCAGUCGAAGGAGCUUCAGAGACUGCGGGCAGAUUAACUAUGCUUACUAUGACGGACCAUUACAAAGCCCAAAGCAGCCCCAGCAGCAGCAGCAGCAUCAUCAUCCACAGGAAGUGCGGGAACAGUACGAGCAGCAGCGACAGGAGCCGCCUGAGCCGGUGGUCUGUCAGAGACAGCAGGACAAAGCUCAGAGGAGGCUGCGGCGCUCGCACUCCGGCCCAGCUGGAUCCUUUAACAAGCCGUCACUGUUGCGCCUCACGUGCCACAAACGCCACACACAAAGCAUGGAUAAGCCUGAGGUGCCGCCCCCCAUCCCGCCACGAACAAUCAAGACAGGAGACUACCGCCGCUGGUCAGCAGAGGUCUCGUCUGGAGCUUACAGCGACGACGACAAGCCACCCAAGGUGCCCCCGCGGGAACCUUUGUCCAGAGGCAGCUCCCGUACCCCCAGCCCCAAGAGCCUCCCGACAUACAUAAACGGCGUCAUGCCCCCAACCCAAAGCUUUGCACCAGAUCCGAAGUACGUAAGUCGGGGUUUACAGAGACAGAACAGCGAGGGCUCCCCCUGCAUCCUCCCCAUUAUAGAGAACGGCAAGAAAGCCAGCACCACACAUUACUAUCUCCUGCCUCAGCGGCCCGCAUACGUGGACUCACCUUGCGUGGAGAGACUUCUACGAGUCAUGGACAGCCCCACAGCUCGCAGUACAGACGCAUCAGACUCAGACUGGGACUGUCACACCCGGAGGAAAGCACAUGUGGAUUUAGUUUGAAAAGUUAUAGUGGAAGUAGCAGAGGACUCUACUGUACAUGAGCAAAAACCACUUGAAAAACUGCUGCUUUUACUUUUUUUUUUUUUUAACCCCUAUGUAUUCUGAACACACAGGGUAUGUGCGCACUGUAUUCAGUUACUGGUAAUGUUGGAAUCACAGCUGAGAUACUAAAAGAAACUGUAUCUCAGACUAUAGAUCGUGGGCGAGAUUCAACAUUGUAGAGCUUAUUUUUGAUAUGAGUUUUAUUUCACAACAUCCAACAUUGUGCUGUUUUUUUUUUUUAUGGUACAGUCAGAGGGUACAAGCGGGCCUUGAACCUCAUGUGCUCAGUGUUUUCUGGAAGGUUGAGGAUGUUUUGUGAGAUGACGCUGCUUUUGUGUCUCACAGGGGACAAAAGGUCAGUAACAUAACCAUGUAUCACGCAAUAUAUGAAGUCUAAAUGCUAAUUAAUUUUGUAACGAAAUGAAGGAUGCUAGCACACAAAUCUCUUUUCUGUUUGCUAUUAACACACUGAUAUGGUUUUCCUGCCUUGAUGAAGUCUUAGGCCACUAUAUCUGUGUAAAUUUCCCUCAUGGUACAUUUUGUACUCAGAGUUGGGUACAUAACUGGUAGCUACGCAUGUUUCCAUUGGAAUGUCUAGUGCAGCUUAAAUGGUGUAGUCAGUGAGUGUGUGUAUGAUGUGCGUGGACGUGUUUGUGCAAACGUGCAUGUGAACAGCAGUUGGAAAAGUGUUGUGUGAGACUUUAGUAAACAACUUUCUACGAUUGGUAGAAAACUGUCAACUAUACUUGUUACUGUGCUCUGCUUAGUUGCAGCACCUGCUUUUGAACACAGCCCUCUAAAACAGUGAUUGUUUUUUGGUUUUUUUUCAGUGUCCAGGUCUGUUUUGUUGCACGGAAAUCGGCCUGUCGAACAUUAAGUGAAUGUACUCUUUACUGAAAUUCCAUCAAAUAGUUGGAGGAGCUUCUUUUUGGUCAAGCUGUGAGUCAUUGCUUGGAGUUAAUUUGCCUCAAGUACUACCUCCCUUUGAUAUUAACCCUAUGUAUCGCAUAUUUCCCAUUAGUAAAGGCAAAAUCUGAAUAUAUAAAAGAUGAGGCUCCGUAUGUGACCCAAACACAGUUUUUAUUUUAGAGCACUUUUAAAAAACAGUGUUACAAAGUGCUCCACAUGGCAGCAAAAUAAAACCCCACAAGUCAUAAAAUCAACAUAUUUUAAAAGACAACAGCUCAAGAAAAAAACAAAAUUUGCAUGUAAAAUUGAGGAAACAAAAGAUAGUUCAGAGGAAGUUGGGAAAGGCUCUCUGACAAAAGUAUGUUUUAAAAAGGAAAUUAAAAGAGAUCACUGACUCAGCGGACCUGAAUUCCUCAGGCAGAUAGUGCCAGAGCCUCGGGGCCCUGACGGCGAAUGCUCUGUCCCCUUUCAAUUAAGAGUAACACAAAAUCAGUUCUAACCGGAUAUCCUUAAAUAGAGAUCAGCAGAUCGUAGAUCACAGAGAUGCUUGGCUAACCUGUUAAUACAAAUGCAUUACAAAGACAGCGCAGGGUUUACCUACCUGACACAGACUUUCCUGUUCUGCUCAUGCAUUCCUGCCUUACAUGGUUGCAGUGGGUGUGGUCUGAGAGACUCUGGCUGCUGGCAGCCAAGAAAAUGUAUGAAUUUUUAUGUUGUAGAUUAUUCAAGAAGCAUCAGGACGGUAUAGUAAAUGUAGCAAAUGUAUUGAAGUAACCCUUGGUAUUGAACACGGUUGGGAAAACUGCUAAGGUCAAACGGUCAUUGAAAUAUACUUUUUUUUCCUCCUCUCCCUCCUGCUCACAAAACCUUGCCAACACAAUGUUGCUUUUGACUUAAAUGUCAAAAAAAUGUUUACAUCAUACACUGAUACUAUUUAAUCUUAAGGUAUUCGUAUGUCUUAUUAGGAAUAAUAAAACUGAAUGAAGAUUAUCAAGAAAUAACUUCUCUGCUGUGGUGAAGACAUGCACUGGGAGAAUACAGUAUGCUGUGUACAGUAUUUAACAAUUCAAUUUGUUGUUAUGAAUAGUUGAUAAGUAUAUAGUCUUUAAAAAGAAAGCCAAAAUAAAAUGACUUAUUUAUGA